AUGCGAGUCUACUACAACGACGACUUCAAUGACGACUCCAUGCGAGACCACUACUACGACUACUCCCACAACCACCCCAUGCGAGUCUACUACAACGACGACUUCAAUGACGACCCCAUGCGAAACGUCUACAGUGCCAACGCCGCCUCCUGUCACUACUAUGACGGUUACUUACACCACGACCACCUGCCCUGUGGCUCGACUAUUGUCACCACUCCGGUGACCCAGACCAGCACUUUGACCGUUACCUCCGUGGUGACUUGCACCGAGGGAUGCGUCGUGCCGACUACCCUGCCUGGUAAUUCUGUUCCGUCUGUUCCUGGCUCAACAAUCGUUGUCCCUGUUUCCACCUCUGUCGUGGUCCCUACUUCCAGCCCUGUCGUUGUUCCUGAAACUAGCGUACCGGUCCCUGAAGGGUCUUCGGCCGUUUCUGUGCCGGCCUCAUCUGUCGCCGUUCCUUCGUCCUCUUCCAGCACGCCGCCUGCGCCUGCUCAAACAUCCCAAUUCAGCGGAGCCUCCUCUCAGUACAAGAUGUCCUUGGCCGGUCUUAUUCCCGGACUUGCUGUCUUCUUUGCGCUGCUUUAA